ACACGCAUACUGACAUGCCCCAUCUACAAAGUCACCAAUCUCCUCUCCAUAUGAAACUCACCACCCCUCAGACACCAUCUUCUCUCCCGACAAAGAACCGCCACGAAUCGUUCAUGGAGGACUCGAACGACUGGGAUUUGCAGGCUGUCGUGAGGAGCUGCGGAACGGCUGUGUGCAGCAGCUCGGGAGCAGAGCCUCCGGCGGCGGCGCAGCCACGGCGCGUGGAAGCUCGCCGGGAAAGCAACGUCGUCGGCCGCGCGCUGGCCCCGGACCCGGAGUUUGUCGGGCAACCGGUGCGGCCGGCGGCCUCGUUGCGCGACCUGGACUACUUGGACUUGGAUCACGAGCUCCCGCGGGCGCCGUUCAAGAUUACGUCUUCCCGUGAGAGGGGGGCGCUCGACCACGAGGUGCUCAUCUCUUUCCCGGUUGCCUCGACGUCCGGGCAGCAGCUGCUGCAGACGAGGAAUCAGCCCAGCCGCAAACCGGGCGUGCGUACUCCUAGGCCUAAAAGAAGCAAGAAGAGCCAGCUCAAGAAAGUGGUGUGCGAGGUGCCGGUGGCCGACGGCGGCGUCUCCACGGACCUGUGGGCGUGGCGCAAGUACGGCCAGAAGCCUAUCAAGGGCUCACCGUAUCCACGGGGAUACUACAAGUGCAGCAGCCUGAAGGCCUGCAUGGCGCGGAAGCUGGUGGAGCGCAGCCCGGCGAAACCCGGGGUGCUCAUCGUCACGUACAUCGCCGAGCACUGCCACGCGGUACCGACGAUGCUCAACGCGCUCGCCGGCACGACGCGGGACCGGGCGGCGUCCCCUGACGGACAUCAGCCGUCCCAUUCCCAGUCCCACGGCGCGUCGGACGAGGCGUCCGGCAAGCGCGAGGACAGCGCCGACGCGUCCUCCAUGACCGUGGACGGCGGCGGCGCGGAGACGGCCGACGAUGAGAACGCGCUAUGGCUAGUGAACAUGGCGCUGGAUGAUUUCUUGGGGCCGUUUGAUGACGACUUGGAACAUUUUUUCGAGGACGACGGCGUUCUAGGACGCCGGUUGUCGCUAUAGUUGGGGACAACUGAUUUGAUCUAUUGGAUAUUGACUGCAAAUUGUCCAUUUUAUUCUUUCUCCUUCAGUUGCGAGAGGUUGGUGUCUUGGUGAUGCAAUGCAACUAGACGAGAAUACAUACUGCAUACAUUUUGGACUGUGUUCAAUUUGAUGUGUUUGGCAACAUCUCUCUUGAUGGAAGAAGAAUUUUUACACGCCCGACGGCCAUGAUGUUUGAAUUGUUUAUC